AUGGGCGAUAUCAAAAGUGUCGUUGUCUCGAUCUCAGCUGUCUCUGAGAUUUCGGAACGUAAGCGUACUUUCUCAAGUCUCUCGACUAGUACCACGUCAUCCCUCGCCGCCCCCAAGACACGUCGACCUCCGAGUGUGACAAGCACCGAGAAGGUCCGUGAGCUAGUUCGAUUAGCAAUCACAAGACUCCGAGUCCUGUUGAACGAGAACAAGGGCACGCGCAGGCCGAUCUCCCAGAAAGGCCUAUUCUCCUAUAACUACGUCGAGCCCCUUUUCAAUUGGUGGGGCGCAAACUAUCGUGUUCUCACCACACAAUGUCUCGGCCGAGUCGAAGCCUCCGACGCACUGGGUUCCGUGACGAAUCUUGUCAACGGAGCUUCUCACAACUAUGCUGGCUUCUACAAGGCUACUUCUCAGGCUGAGGAGUUGCAGCGGCUGUGUUUGGAAGCACUGCCGGUGUCCGACACACAGGCUGUUCCCCUUCUCCGAGACGAAACGAAUCCUGCAAUCGCAGACUUCUUUGGAGCAGACUUUUGCUUCACCACUAGCACUGGAUAUGGAUCUAACUAUAUCGCGCUGCCGGCAUUGAUCGAUUGCUCCACUGUGGUCAUCAUGGAUGAGAAUUGCCACAACUCGAUGUUCACCGGCGUGUUUCUGGCCCCCUCACCAAACUUGCGAAAGUUCAAGCACAACAAUAUGGAGCACCUUGAAACCUUACUGAGCGGGUGUUUUGAUGAGUCUGUCAAUGUGAUAGUGGCCAUAGAAGGUCUUUACAGUAUGGAAGCCGAUGUACCCCCCCUGGAUCUCCUACAUCGUUUGAAGAAGGACUACGAAUUCACUCUUUACUGCGACGAGGCUCACUCCUUCCUUUCUCUUGGGAAGACGGGUCGCGGAUGCCUCGAAUACUGGAACGACCACCACCCAGAGAGCCCGUUACCCUGGGAUCUGAUUGACAUUCGCACUGGAACACUUUCCAAAGCUGUCGGUGGUAUUGGAGGCAUAAUCGUCGGGAAGGCUGUCUUUCAGGACAUCAUCCGUGAGCACAUCGACGGCCUCGACGACCAGGACAAUGUCUCCUUGCCCAGCUCGACAAUGGUCCAGACGUUAUGGGUACUGGGGCAGCCACAUCGAAUCCGUCGUAGCCUCCAACGGCUUGCUGAAAUUGCCCGAUUCUGUCGCGAGGAACUGGAACGCUUCGGUAUAUUCGUUUAUGGUGACGUCGGUACACCGAUUCUGCCUAUCUACACCGGCAGGCCUAGCCUUUCUGCGAAGCUCUCUUACGCCCUGAGAUGCGCCGGACUACUGGCGACACCAGUUUGCACUCCAGCAGUGCCUUUCUGGGAGAGCAGAGUUCGAAUCAAUCUUUCGGCGGACUUCACAGACGAGGAGGUGAACAGGCUUGUUGAUGCUGUUAUUCGCGCUGCAGCAAGCGUUGGUCAUGGAUCUCGUGCUCAGUAUGGCAUUGGAGCAGGCGGUGCCAGAUGGAUCUGCGGCACGUUUCCUCCCCAUCUUGUGGUUGAGGACCUUAUUGCUCGUGCCACGGGCAUGGAAGCCGCCUUGACCUAUGCGGACGCCUCUAUCGGGUUGGCUUCCACUAUAGCAGCGCUUGCACGCCCUCUGAUAGGACAUAGGAAGCAUUUCAUGCUGUUUGAACGAGGCGCAUCCCAGUUUGUUCGGGAUGGCCUUGCAAUGGCAUCAAAAAAGGAUGCCCCUACUUUACUGGGUUACGUCGAUCUCUUUCAACUUGUACAACAGGUUAGAAAGCUCUAUCGAAGAGACAGAAAGCUAUGUCUUACGGUCUACGUCCGCGUUGGAGAGGAUUCGGCACACCAUCUGCUUUCGUCUAUCCUCGAAGAGAUUGCUGCCAUCACAGGUCCAGAGUCCGUCAUGACCAUCCUCCUCCACUGCACUUCUCAAUACUUGGACCCAAGGCAACUCAUCUCUUUUCCCUCGCGGAUGAACAUUCACGUCUUGGUCUGCGGAUCUUUCAACCGAAUUUUUGGCUUGCCCGCGGGGUUUCUCACCGGACCACAGAGUUUGAUUCGAGAGCUCCGAUACACGAGCAGGGGUUAUAUGUUCACUACAUCUCCACCGCCCUUCAUCAUGGACAUGUUGCGAGGUGCCCUAGAGUGGAACCUCACAUCUAUCUAA